UCUCUAUCACACAUCAGACUUUUCCCAGUGGAGCUGGAAAAUAGGCUUCAAUGAAAACUGCCUGUUUGCAGCUAGAAGGAGAUUGCAGGCACCACAAUCACUGUUUCCUCUGCCUGACCUGGAGCAGAAACUACAUCAGCAGGAUGGAAAGGUAGUCUUAUUGCCUAGCAAAGGUGGGAUGAUUUAUCUCUGUCUCUAGAUUGGUCCCUUUUCUUUGCUGUACAAGAGAAUUGUUAUCAGACUUCCAAAGAGAAUGAAGCCAGGCUAGAAUUCAGAGUGGAUGUGUGAAAGCUGCUCUCCCAGGGAGGAAAAGGAAUCACAGGCUUUCUGUGCUUUUUGUUCUUGUGCAGCUCAGAACAAUGGUUUUAUCUGCCCCAGUUAUUGCCCUGGGGGCUACCUUAGGGACUGCAACUAGCAUCCUUGCCCUCUGUGGUCUCACCUGCUUCUGCAAAUGCAAGCAACCUGGGAAAGGACUCUCAGAAAAAGACCAAGAUGAGGAUAUGGAAAAUGCUAAACCCAGUGUGCUUCAGCCAGUCCAGCAAUUCAGCGUUAAGAAGACUGCCGAACCAGUCCAGCCUCGAGCACUCCUGAAGUUUCCCAACAUCUAUGGCCCAAAACCAGUAGUAACUUCACCUGAAAUUGUUAACUACACACAGUACUCCUUGAAGACAACAGAAGAACCAGCUGCUGGAAAACAUACUGGUUUGGAUGAGAACAGGAUGAAGAUACAAGUCAAUGAAGAGCUGUUUGUUCUCCCUCAAAACGGUGUUGUAAAGGAUGUGUGUGUCACUGAGCACUUGAAUCCUGAAAAGGCAGCCAGCUGUAACCAAGUCCCUGAACUGCGCUACUCCCUUGCAUAUGAUCGACAAAAAGCUGAGCUGCGUGUGGCUCUUCUUGAAGCUAUGCAUGGAGGGAUGAGUGGGGACCAAGACACUGGAUGCCAUUGCUACAUACUGGGUACACUGAUGAGCAAGUCUGGUAUUACUGAGGCCCAGACAGAGUUGAAGAAGAAGGUGCUUCACACCCUCUGGGAGGAGGUCCUGCUCUUCCCAUUAAUUGAGGAGGAGGUGUCAGAAGCAACACUGACUCUCACCCUGAGGAACUGCGACAAGUUCUCCAGACACAGCAUUGUUGGGGAACUCAAACUGAGCCUUGCUAACAUGGAGGACUCCUUUGGGAUGGCCCAGUGGGAAAGACUAAAGACUCCAGAGAAGGAGCCAUCUACAGGCCAUGGGGAGGUUCUGCUUUCUAUCAGCUACCUGCCAGCAGCCAACCGCCUGCUUGUGGUGAUUAUUAAGGCUAAAAAUCUGCAUUCCAAGCAGCUAAAAGAUCUGCUUGGAAAUGAUGUUUCUGUCAAGGUAACACUGAGGCAUCAGUCCCUGAAGUUGAAGAAGAAGCAGACAAAACGUGCAAAACACAAGAUCAACCCUGUCUGGAAUGAGAUGAUCAUGUUUGAGGUGCCUCACGAGCUUCUGCGUGCCUCCAGUGUGGAGUUAGAGAUGCUGAGCCAGGAUGGUGCCGGUGAGAGCCACAUACUUGGCAAAUGCAGCCUUGGCCUGCAUGUUGUGGGUGCAGAGCGGAACCAUUGGGAAGAAAUGCUGAGAAACCCCAGGAGGCAGAUAGCCAUGUGGCACCAGCUCCACAUGUAGGCACAUCAUGGUUACCGCCAACUAGAUUUCUGCCAAGCCCCUGAGCCUAAGGAAAUAAGCUAUAUUUCACCUUCCACCUUCCCAUCCACACAAUGACCAGGCACAGCAUUCUUUCUAUGCCGCCCUGCUUGGCUUCCUGCCAAAAGAAUGCCUCAUGCUAGUCCAGGAAAUAGUCUGGAAAGUUCAUUUAAAGGACAAUCCCCCACCUCAUCAAGUGGUUCUCUCAAACAAGGGAUUUGACUGUGUGGAUGAUUUGAAUUAAUUUUAUCAGCCUGCAUACUGUUGUUUCCAUGUGGUUUCUAAAGAGUAUAGAUAUGUUUCUGUGAAAUGACUAAACCAACCCAAGGAAGGGGAGCAGAGGGAUCCCUUCCUUGGGUAGAAAAGGUUACUGACUCCUUGACAUCUGGUAUGAUCGCUCAAGUCCCUUGGCGAGGGCUGGCUCCAUAAUCACAAACACGCUGCAGCCAUUUUGCCACUUGCUGUUUUUCAUAAUGCUUUACAAGACUGUGAGAAAUUAAUUGUAAAACUAGUUCUGACUGCUGACCCAAAGUAGCACUAUGAAAGAGAGAGUAAAACCAAGUGGAAGCAUAGAUGGAUACCCAGAAAUAGAGAAAGAACUGAGAGAAAGAAUAGUGGGAAAAGAUAAAGUGAGACAAAGUCAACUGCAUAGCCUUGGAAACAAACGCUGCCAAACACUAAGUCAAAUACCUUUCUACAAUUUUGUUUCCUGAAGUAUUGGACACCUUGGAUUUAGGGUUGCUGAAAGCCACUGAAAACAUGAAAAUUUCAGAAUCCUUUAACAGAAUACCCAUAUCUUCUAUCUUGCUUUCUACAAUAUCACCCAGAAAGAUCCUCAACACAGAUAAAUAGUUUUUAUUGAUGUUACCUCCAAAAACUUGGACCAAAUUCUUCUGCUUAGUGCCAUCUUUCCUAUCUAGGAAUUUCUGAGCUGGACAAGUUUCAGAUGCUCACAGUCUAUUUCAGGCAGCAUCCAAGACUAGACAAAAGAAGUGGGAUCAUUUCAUACCUCAGCACUUAAGUGAUGGUUUUGAUUUGAUGUUUAGUGAUCGCACGCUCAAACCCUCAUACAAGGACUACUAGAAGACAACCCUUAAGAACUGCCAUGUGUGUCAUCACCUCCAAACAAAAGGAAUUCACUGAACAGACAGAUUCUCCAUGGCUUGUUUGUUGUGUGCACUUUCAAGAUUUGAUGUGGUUUAAAUGUUACUGUUUAAUCUCCUUGUGGUGUUUAAAUGGACUGAAAGCUGCCAUUGGCAGUGGUGAUGUUACGACCCUAUGAGCACACUGCUUAUCCUGCCACUUUAUAUCAAGUGGUAGACACAGCUUUAAGGGACUUGCAUGAGGACAAGGCAUGUGAAAGUCUGAAAACAGGACCAUAUUGUUUUUAGCACUGAAGAACUCAGAGAAUAGCAAAAUUGCAUUGCUUCCCACUUAAUUUUUGCAGUGUCAGCUUGAUCCUCUAUUUAAUUCCUGGGCUGCACUCAGAAGAGGGUUCCCAGCAGGCUGAGGGAAGUGAUCCUUCCUCGCUUCUCAGCACUGGUGAGACCACAUCUGGAGUGCUGGGUUCAGUUCUGGGCCCUCCACAGCAAGAAAGAUGUGGACAUACUGGAGUGAGUGCAAUGAAGGGCCACAAAGAUGAUUAAGGGACUGGAGCAUCUGACAUACAGGGAGAGACUGAGAGAGCUGGGAUUGUUCAGUCUACAGAAGAGAUGGCUGGGGGGGGUCUAAUCAACGUAUGUAUAUAUCUGAGGAGGGGGUGUAAAGAAAUGGAGCUGUACUUUUCUCAGUGGUGCCCAGUGAACAGACAAGAAGCAAUGGGCGCAAAUUGAAAUACAGGAAAUGUCUUUUA